CGCCGCGCCCCUGCAUUUGGCUGAUGAAAGGACAAACACACAGAAAUAUUCCUGGUGAAGCGACUGAGAUUCACGUGACGCACUGUAAUAAAGAUGGCGUUUAUUAAAAAGGAGAGUGAAGAUGUGAGGAUUGAAGAAACUUUGACAGUGAAACAAGAAGAAACUGAUGGACAAACAGACCUGAUGGUGCUGAAAAAGGAGAGUGAAGUACUGAAUGAAAUGGAAGAGAAAGAUAAAUAUGAGAGUCAUGGUUUCCUAACAAGAGAAACAACUUUUAGUUCACCGACAAAAAAGACUUCCUCACGAAAAAGGGCUAAAAGGAAAGAAACAAGAAAUAAAUUCUCCUGCCAACAGUGUGAAAAAUGUUUCACCCAACAAGAAAAUCUUCAAGUCCACAUGAGAGUUCACACUGGAGAAAAGCCUUACACCUGCCAACAGUGUGGAAUGCGCUUCUCUCAAAAAGUGAACCUUGACAGACACCUGAGAGUUCACACAAGAGAGAAGCGUCAUACAUGCCAACAGUGUGGAAAGACUUUUGCUGAAAAAGUAAGCCUUAACAGACAUAUGAGAGUUCACACUGGAGAGAAGCCUUUCUCCUGCCAACAGUGUGAAAGGAGUUUCAGUUGUAAAGGAAACCUUAAAAUCCACAUGAGAAUUCACACUGGAGAGAGCCCUUUCUCCUGCCAACAGUGUGGAAACAGAUUCACUCUAAAAGGAAGUCUUAAAAAGCACAUGAGAACUCACACGGGAGAGAAGCCUUACACCUGCCAACAGUGUGAAAUAAGUUUUACUCUGAAAGAAAGCCUUAACAGACACAUGAGAAUUCACACAGGAGAGAAGCCUUACACCUGCCAACAGUGUGGAAAGACUUUUAUUGAAAAAGGAGGCCUUGACAGGCACAUGAGAAUUCAUACUGGAGAGAAGCCUUACACCUGCCAACUGUGUGGAAAGAGUUUUACUCAAAUUGGAAACCUUAAGGUCCACGUGAGUGUUCACGCUGGAGAGACUCCUUUCACCUGCCAACAGUGUGGGAGAAGUUUCAAUCGAAAAGGAAACCUUAAAUGCCACAUGAGAAUUCACACUGAAGCGAGCCUUUUCACCUGCCAACAGUGUGGAAUAAGUUUCACUCAAAAAGGAAGCCUUAACAGACACAUUAGACUUCACACUAGUGAGAAGCCUUACACCUGCCAACAGUGUGGAAAGUGUUUUGAUCAACAUGAAAACCUUAAAGCCCACAUGAGAUUUCACUCUGGAGAGAAACCCUACGUGUGCACUCAGUGUGGAAAGAGUUUCACUCAAAAACGACACUUUAAAGUCCACUAUAGACUUCACUCUGGAGAGCAACCCUACACAUGCCCUCAGUGUGGAAAGGGUUUCAAUUCAAAACAACACUUUAAAGACCACAUUAGAAUUCACACUGGAGAGACGCCUUUCACCUGCCAACAGUGUGGAAAGAGUUUCAACCGAAAAGGAACCCUUAAUAGGCACAUGAGAACUCACACUGGAGAGAAGCCAUUUACAUGUGGGGACUGUGGAAAAAGUUUUAAUUUCACUCAAAAACAAAACCUUAAAGUCCACAUGAGAAAUCACACUGGAGAGAAACCUUACACCUGUCAACAGUGUGGACAGAGUUUUGCACGUAAAGGAAACCUUAAUGCCCACAUGAGAACCCACACGGGAGAAAAGCCUUAUACCUGCCAACAGUGUGGAAAGAGCUUUUCGCGAAACGAAUGUCUUGAGAGUCACAUGAGAAUUCACACUGGAGGUAAACCUAUCACUUGCCAACAGUGUGGACAGAGUUUUACACGUAAAGGAAACCUUUAUGACCACAUGAGGAAUCACACUGGAGAGAAGCCUUACACCUGCAAACUGUGUGGACAGAGUUUUGCACGUAAAGGAAACCUGAAUCAGCACAUGAGAACUCACACUGGAGAGAAGCCUUACGACUGCAAACUGUGUGGGAAGAGCUUCUCACGAAAAGAAUGUCUUAAGACUCACAUGAGAAUUCACACUGGAGAAAAGCCGUUUACAUGUGAUCAGUGUGGAAAGACUUUCAGAUGUAAAGAGAACCUUAAUCAGCACAUGAGGAUUCACACUGGAGAGAAGCAGUUUGUAUGUCAUCAUUGUGGAAGAAGUUUCCGAAACAGCAAUCACCUGAAGAAUCAUGUUAUAACUCACACUGUAGAGAAGCCUUUCACCUGCCAUCACUGUGGAAAGAGUUUCAAACAUAAAGGAAACCUUACCAUUCACGUGAGAAUUCACACUGGAGAGACGCCUUACGCCUGCCGUCACUGUGGAAAGAGUUUCAAUCAUAAAGGAAACCUUUAUGUCCACUUGAGAAAUCACUCUGGGGAGAAGCCUUUCACUUGUCCUCAGUGUAAGAAGAGUUUCACAUAUCGAAGAGAACUGAAAUGUCAUUUGCAAACUCAUUUUGUAAUGCAACUGUAGUUGUGUUUGUGGUAAAAACCUGAGAAGAUACAGCAGUUUCAGAAAUGACUUGUAUAUACACCAUAGAUGAUGAUCAUUCAAUUUUGAUUUAAAAAACAUCACACUUAGCAGUUGUGAGACCCUUGAAUAUACUACAUAUUUGGUGCUGUUCGAAUACUGUAACAAGUAUAACUUUAUAGUAUAUAUAUUUUUUAACAAUAUAUUUGUUGUUACAGGUAAUGAAACACAUUUUAUGUUUUAUAAAUAUACCAACAUCAUGUAGUGCAAAAGUUUAAUGGUAAGGGCAUUUUUUGGAGGUGCAGGUUUUUGGAAUUGACGAAUAUGUGGUCAUUUGUUCAUGUCCGGGAUAGAAGUCACAUCAGUUAAACUGCAACACCAGCCAAACUUACCGAUGGAAGAUCUAACUCAUUUGCUACUAAUAGUUUGAUCCUGAUUAUCAUUUUAGCUCUUUAUUGAAAGAAUCAAUGUGCAGUUGCAAAGUGGCAAGUGGUUUUAACGGCUAUCUGUAUUUUCACUGUUAUUCUGACAUAGUACAGAA